GCGGCAUCAAAGUUCGAUUUAUACAGAGGCGAUUACCUUCUUGCCGUGCCCAACGCACAAGGCAUAUCUUGGGACGAUGACGGUGUACAGUUGGGGACGAGGUGAAGACGGACAGCUCGGACUGGGAGACACGAGUGACCAGUAUCGUCCUGUGGUUGUCGAGGCACUUCGAGAACGCGUCGUUGUCCAGAUUGCAUGUGGUAGCGGCCACACAGUCGUGCUUGACGACAAAGGAGACGUGUACACGUGGGGCCGAGGCGACGACGGACGCUUGGGCCAUGGAGACAACGGAUGGAAGUUCGUUCCGCGCCUAGUCGAAUCGUUGCAGAACAAACAGAUCAAACAGGUGACGUGCGGAAGCUACCACACCGCAGCUGUGACUGUGUCCGGGGAACUGUACACGUGGGGCGGCGGGAUGUAUGGAAAGCUUGGGCACGGCAACGAGAUCGGGCAUUCUGUUCCAUACUUGGUCGAGACGUUGUCGAAUCUCAAGGUCGACCAGGUCGCGUGCGGAUCGCGCCACACCGUUGUGCUGCUCAAAAACAGCGACGUGUAUACCUGGGGCGACAAAGAAAACGGCGUCAGUGGUCAAGGCGACACAGAUGGACACCAGUACUUGCCGUCCGCUGUGGAAGAAUUGAAGAACAAAGGGAUCAAACAAAUCGCCGCAUGUGGCUUCCACACUGCUGCCUUGAGCGACAAGGGUGAGCUGUACACGUUUGGCGAAGGCAAGUUCGGUCGACUGGGACACAAUAGCGAGCGAAACCAGAUCGUCGCCAAGGUCGUGGAGACAUUGCUGUCGAGUCCAAUUCGUCAGGUGGCGUGUGGAGGCUUUCACACUGCAGCUGUCACAGAGUGUGGCGAAGUGUACACAUGGGGCGGUGGCGAGCACGGACAGUUGGGUCACGGCGACAAGGUGAACAAGACGAUUCCUUCGUUGGUCGAGAAGCUCAAGGACCGCGUCGUGGUGGAAAUCACUUGCGGGUGGAGCCACACCGUUGCUUUGACAAACACGGGCGACGUGUUUACGUGGGGCAAUGGCGACCAUGGCAAGUUGGGCCACAAUGACCAGGUCAAGGUAACCCUGCCUCGUUUGGUUGACGGAUUGCAUGGCAAACGAGUGGUUUCGGUUGCGUCGUACAACGAACACACGGUCGCGCUUGUGGGUGCGUUCUCGAUCGGGUGGUUUUCCAGAUUGGCCGUGAAUGGAGGGCUGUCUCUUACUAGACCCCGUCCAAGCAUUUCGUCCGCUUUUGCUCAACUCAACGUACUCGGAUGAGAUGCAAACCCUCGUGGACCAACCUGAUUUUGCUGACGUCGUGUUUGUGGUCGAGUCGCGGCGGAUAUAUGGCCAUCGCGCGAUUUUGGCGGCGCGGUGUCCCCACUUCAGGGCCAUGUUUAGCUCCGGCAUGCGCGAAUCGCGCGAGAUGGAAGUGCCGGUGCCAUUGAUCCGUGUUCCAGUUUUUCUGGCGCUGCUCGAGUACAUUUACAACGACACGGUCUCGCCCGACAUGAAGGCCGAGAUGGCAAUUGAGCUGUAUGCGUGCGCCGACAUGUAUGGCUUGGACCGCCUCAAAGGGUUGUGCGAAGCGAUGGUCCAGAAGGGCCUCGUCGUCGACAACGCCAGCGUGUUACUGCAAGCGGCGGACGAGCUUCAAGCGUCGCGUCUGCGCGAGAUAUGCAUGCACUUUAUCGUGCGCCACUUUGACUACGUGACCAAGACCGAAGGGUUCCACAUGCUGUCGCGCGAUUUGAUUUUGGAAACGUUGCAAAAUCGAUAGGAGGCGGUGGGGCAGUCUUGUUUCCCCUCGUUUUGUUAAUGGUGGUGUUUGUUCGACCCGACCUGCUUCUUCUGGAAGGCCGACGCCUUAGUGUCAUGCACACUCGGCUUCUUCCCUGCUAGUUGCUUCUUCUUCUGAAUAAACUCGGUCGCA